AUGUCCUCCGGAUUUGUAUCAGGUGGUACCGCAGAUGCUCCAACUGAGCGCAGUGAUGAAUGGUUAGCCGCUCAACAAGAAAUAGAGGCUAAUAGACAGCGAAAAGCUAUCGAAGCUAGACAACAAGAUGGAAAGAGCUUGUUCGAGAUCCUAGAAGCAAAUAAAGGUACACAUCUAGGGGGUGCGUUGAAUAAACCAGCUGCCAAACAAGAUGCAUUCGAAGAAGCCAAUAAACUCAAGAAUCAAUUCCGAUCAUUAGAUGAAGAUGAAAUCGAGUUCUUGGAUUCUGUUCUAGAAAGUACGAGGGCUGAAGAAGACAGAGUGCGAAAAGAAACCGCGGAGGGACUAGAGUUAUUUAGAAAACAACAAGAAGAUGCAGACAAGAAGGCUAGAGCAGCAGAUAAUGAUGGAGCACAAAUACAAGAUGGCUCUCCGGUGCGGGAGGAUGAAUGGGGCACUACGGGUCGAAAGCGCAAGCGUACGAAGGAUAAGGAGGUAUUAAAGGGAAUCAAAGUUAGGAGAGCUUCAUCUUCCACGUCUACCAAAGACCUGCCGACGAAACCUGCGAAAGAUGAUUCUGACUCAGUUGCAACGAAUACUAAGCCACCGACUUCUAAAGAUUCGGCCAAAAUCUCGGACCCAAAGCUUGCAAUGGUAGCACCCAAGCCGGUGGCAGUCAAAAAGCCAUCACCUCCUUCAUCCAACAAAGGACUAGGGCUGGUAAAUUAUGGAUCUGACGAGGAUUCUGACUGA